GUCCCUCUUUAGCUUUGCGGAGACCUCGUAUUCCCAAUUCUUGAUUGUGUGCCGCCUGAUAGCUUGCCAGCAAUGGCCAGUUCGAAACGUCGCCUCCGUCGAUCCCAGCACCGACGUCCCCUCGUCGCAUCAACCAACCCCACUGCUUGUUUUCCGAGCAAUGCACUGACUCCUCCUUCGAGUCGAGUACAUCCGAGUCUCAUGCCCCCAAGUAACAGAAAGAAUGUUGCAGUCAGGGCUAUGGAAUACUCAACAAUGCAUGGUUAAGAGAUUGAGCGGACGCGAACACAGACAUUUCGGAUUCCACCUUGUGAAGCGGACUACAGACGGAGACUGCAACACAACUGCCGGGGUUUCAUAUACCUCAGGGCCGAAAGACGCAGAAUAGCUUCAUGUACAUGGCUCGUCAAGACCGCAUGAGGUUAUCUCUCAUCAUGGAGAAGCUGUUUCUUUGGCUCAAUGCGACCGGCCAUACUGGUGAUACAAGAUUUCCAGAGGGUGGACAUGGGCAUGAUAAGAGUAAUGUGUCUGCCCAGGCCUGCUCCAAUCUGGAAAAGACAUCUCUCUUUGGCGGCAACAUACGAGGGAGUUGGCAUCAAUGUGUGUAAGUGGUAAUGUUCCCUUACAUCCGACAGCAGCUGUAUACGUGUUCUUUGCAGCGGUGACCUUCUACCUCUCAAUUGUGCCCAAUCCAGCCCUGCUCUCGCAUCCUUGUCACGGAUGCUAGAUGGAUUGCCUCACAACGAUGGAGCUUUCCUCUCAGUGGUGUCGUGACCUCUACGAUCAACCUGCCUCUUGACUCGACAUGAUGAGGGCUGGAAGACCACACCCAAAAAGAGAUGGAGGCACAAAACCAGAGGGCAAGUCCACUGAGAGGAGAUAAAUCGACACACAGCUCACCCCAUUGCCGGGACUAGGGUGAUGCCAGUCAUGAUGACCUCGCUCACAAUGGCGGACGGGCGAUCACAUCCGUCAGUGGCCUUGCACAACACCGAUAUACCAUCAGGAAGGGUAUGACAGCCCUUGCGUUUCAGGGAAGUGGGAUGGAAAGGACCGGACACCCUCCGUUGUUGACAAGUCCUCCGUAGGAAGCCACGGUCGAUUUUGCCUCUCGUAUCGAGCUCGGUAUUGCGUCGAGAUCUCUCAUUCGGUGCUUCCUACACUCUCACAGAACAUGGGGAAUGAGUAUCAGCCAAUCCACAGUACGGGAACACCUUUCCGGCAGCGACAUCAAGCCCAUGAAGAUCAAAAAAAUAAGACUCAGCCGAGCAAUGGCAUACAAAAAAGCACAAGCUCUCAGGACCCAUCACCACACAAGCGAGGACCGCUGGGAGUACAAGAGUUCCGGACUUGCCUCAUACCAGCGCAAGAUUUGUGUCACUCUCUCGAUCUUCAGCCUUCUCCCUGUCGCCUCUAUGAGCACUCGGUAAAGGUGCCAGUACAUAAAGCUGACAAGCCAAAAAAAGGGAUGAUCGUGGCAACCGCCAAUGAACUCAACCACCGGAGAAACUGCUCUGUUGGCUUCGGGAAAAUAAGGGUUCCAUGCUGAGCCAUAGAGACCUCUGACGACGAAGAAAACCCAACCGCGACACCUCCGACUGGAGUAGGUGCGUAUAUUGCCUGCCCAAUAGCCUUCGAAUACUCUUUUGCCUCUCCGAACGAUUGGUCAUGGGUGGGCUUGUAACCAGGGGCUCCGCCCUUGGGUCAAGAUACUUGGUAACCAAAUCCAGCCCUUGAUCUGAGAACAAGCUCGCAUCUACCAUCGCCGGCUUUUCGACAUUGUAUGUCUUCCUCCAACAAAAGAACAUGGAGAGCAGCAUGAAAAGCACAUGUGCGACAGGACUUAUCUCCAAGGGUGUGAUGGGCAGGUCUUCUGCUGUACGGGCGGUGCACUGUGUCGCAAGCCGAAGGACCUGAAAUGCCAGCAGUCCUUUCACCAAGUUUAAUAGGUGCUCCUCGAGAUCCAAUGCGGCGAGAUAGCCUUCUAGCAUCUGUUCUGGCUGGUCGCCUCUGCUGACAGGAGUCUGCUUGAUAUCAGGAGGAAGGGUCGCUGGGCAAUAGUGGACCUGCAUCCCACCCUUCAACACCUAAAAUACCGUCACAAUUCCCUUUCUUUGAUACCCAGGCCUUGAUUUGCGCUCUCUGGUCGCUUUAGCUUCAGAGUCUAGCAGCGCCUUGGCUGACUCUCUGGCAUCCAACCAUUCCCCUGGCCGCAACAGCGAGGAUCAACGCCAGCAUCAACGCCCCGGAUGCGAAUCCACUGGCUAUGUCGACAACUCUGUGCCACCAUGGAUAUCUCGGUCGGGGAAUGUUGGGGUGCACUACGAUCCAGGUUCGGAUAAAGACGGUGAAGAGACAGGACCCGAGUAUGUCGAGAGUGCCUCGUUGAUUUGGCGAACGGGCGAAGCCAAUAUGGUAUUCCAAAGGCAGAGCAAUCGUCAUGUCAGUACCAGGUCACUGAUAUGUCGAGUGACCCCUCUCCACCAUCCAUCCACCUACGCCCAGUUGGGAGGCCCACGAGGCAUCCAAACGACGGAUGAGGCAUCGGGUCGAGGUAUUAGCAUAAGCCUCAGUGGACGAACCUAAGAAAGAGAGGACAAUGGACGCAAAACACUAGAAAAGAGGCACUCUACUCUGCGGGUUUCCAUGCAAACAUAAUACUGGCCAGUUCUGAAGUCAUAGGAUUGCUUCGGGGAGGAGAAAAGUUUCGCUGCUAAUGACAGCCUCGCAGGUGUCGUUGGCGGCUGUAUGAAAGGCCUCAUACCUUCGUAAGUCCACAGGGAUCGAUCUUUUCCGGUGCUCCUGAAGGUCCUGUGCCGCAGGUCGAAGCAUCCGAAAAUUUCCUUUUGCCUGCGGAGUGCUGUACUAAUAUUCAGAUACUAUCUCGCUUCCACGUUGACAUCUAGGUAGACUUCUCACUAACUCCUCUGAGACCGCAAGGGUUUCCGUUGGACUCGCCCCCGUUUGGAAGCAUGGCAUUGUCAACUCUCAACUGGUCCAGGGUGCCGGGUUCACUGUUCUAACUGCCCAAUUGGACAAAACCUCCGAAGGUUUGACAAGGGCGAUUGACGGC